AUGAUCGAGGGACAAAUGACGCCUCCAUCGUCCCCGGCUCCUCUCAUCCGAAAUGAUGGGCCGCGAUUACACUUCUCAAAGCUGCUUCGAAACUCCCGGUCUCGCUCGAUCAGAUUGAAGCACCUCAUUGACGGCGGCUUUCGAGAGAAGAGCUGUAAAUGCGACGAUGUCACUACUGCGCCGGCGGAUGUGAGAGUGGCCACGACACAACUGAAGCCUGGUUUCCAAUUUCCGCUUCUACUUCCUGACUCGCCUCCUGUCACUGAAAAUAGAGAAACCGAAGCCGAAGGAGAAGAGAACUCAUCUGUCUCGUCGACAUGCUCAUAUUCCCGAACUCUCCUGCGUAGAACGUCGGCAAGUCAUCAUGACUUACGUGCCUUGGCUCAGGCGCAGAGAUAUGAUACUUCAUCAAGCCCCGGGACGCCUUUACUCCCGAGUCCUAUACCAAAAGAGAAUGAGCCUCUGGAUUACGGACUUCAACAACAGCUACGUUCCUUCAAAGCACAUGAACUAGUUCUCGGGAACGACGCAAGCCAACUUUCUUCCUUGAACCAGCGCACGCCCAUUCCUUGGACACGAGAACGGAUGUCUUCCUUGACAGACGAGGAGUGUGAGUCGAUCAGUAGUGUGCAGAUCCUGGCUUACUAUUGCAACGACCCGGACGUAUCGAGCAGCGGUGAAGAAGAGCUUGAGGACCAGGAAAGCCUGGUGACGGACCAUGCUCGGAACACGAAAAGAGACACAACACAAUGUUCUUACUCUCAAGUGCGACAACGUACCUUCAACAAGGACGACAUUUCAGGAUAUGACUCUUCCUCUGACCAAGAGGAGGAGCAUCCACCUGAAGCUGAAUACAUCUAUUAUGAAGAAGAGACAGAUGGGCGUAGCAUAAGCUCAAGCACGGUGUCGGAGUCGCCCAUGCCAGUCACACCCACUGAAUCUGAACAUGACCACUACAGUCGGAAUCGCGAUACAGCGACGCUCAGUUCAUCCGACGAGUCUGGUUGGCUGGCGAACACAACGUCUCAUGCGGAAAGGCGACGAAGGUUCAAAGCACGCUUUUAUCAGGUAGUCCAGCACCCGUGGACCGAUUCAUUUGCAUACAGCAACCAUGCUGGUGGGGAGGACGAAGAUGAAGAUCAAGUGUCCUCAUCGGAGUCGGACCCGGCAAGCCAAGACUUGUUCAGAUUCAACGACCACCUUCUUCAACCUCAAGCCAGUCCAGACUCGCCCUUUCAACAGGAUCCCAGUCCAGCCUGGGAGUUUCUAUGGCAAGUGAAAUUCAGCAACAUCAACAACCAUGCAACUUACCGACUGUAUUGGCAACCACAGCGAGUCUACCUCUUCCGGUCCAGAGACAACCAGAAACCCCUUCUGAAGACCCCUGUCCUUCAACUCCAAUCCAAACAUCGAUACAAACACAACAGGAAUCACUUCUCGAAGUAUCUGCUUUCAGUCCUUAUGAUACUCCUGGCCCCAGUGAUGCUGAUACAGCCUCAAUCAUGCUAUCUAUUCGAUGCGGAUGCCGACGCGGGCACCGACACCGACACCGACAUAGAAGAUGAGCCGGAAAGGGGCUGCACAAAAGUGGAUGUCAGCGCACGAAACCCAUUAAGAUCCUCUUCAGUCUUCUACAGCAGCGGUCUGUUGCCUCCUCCAUUGUAUCUACCUUCGAGAACUAGGUCGAGUAUAUCAGACCAUGGUGUCCUCAGCAGUACUACAGGAGGCGCUAGUUGUAAGGGAGAGGCCGAUGGUAGAAUUGCUACCUUACACCACCAACAGCAACUCCAGAAUCUGGACGAUCCAUUCGUGGUGACUUCCUCACCGAGAAAGUCGAAGAGUGAGCGUAACUUGCGUCGUUUAGGGGCUGCAAACUGGGCCAUCCGUGACGACAGGACUAAAUGGCCUCGGGUGCCGGACAUUCUUGACACGGACGAAACCACCAGGUGGAUGAGCCCAGGAUUGAAGAUUGGCUAUGACGAUGGCACGAAGCGGACAAGAGUGGUUGGUGACUCUUACACCUACACCAACUGGACAACCUUUCGCGAUCAUUCCGAGAGUGAUGUCGGAGCCGAUAAGGACAUUCCCACCAGACAGUCGUCUCGGACUCGAAAUAUAUCUCCAGUUUCUCCGACUAUCAGAGUCGCAGCCUCGUCACGGAUUCGAAGACUAGAAAGAAUACUGAAAGCAGUCACUCAGUCCAUCGAAACCUUCCCCGACGGCAUGCUUCGGCUGGAUUCGCCCGCCAUUUCAGAAAUGAGACGACAUUGUUCUAUUUCUUCGGUCCGAUCCACAGCUUAUUCUUCACUGAAAUCUAUGCACAGUCACAACAUCAACAGCGCCGACUUUGACGAUCAGAACCAAAACGACAUAUGUAUUGACGCGUUCCAGAAGAUAUUUCCGAACGCGCCGACGCUGUUGACCUCGGCGCUGGCGGCGUGGAUCAUGGUGGAUCUAUAUCUCUCGCGACUCCUUUCAGAAGAGGACCCGCAAUCACAAGAACCGCGACAACAGCCACACAGGUCUGAAUCUGUGUUCUUGGAUUGUUGUCAUCGAGGGCGGAAGACGCAUUAUCAUCAUGAUGGCUCGGAGUGCAGACUUUUCGGGUUCCAGGACGUCCUUAAAGAGGAAUCGUUCGGUCGAGAUGAUACGAUUCCUAGUUCCGCGCAGCAAGAAGAACAACAACAAGAAGAAGAAGAAGGAGGAGGAGGCGGAGGAGAAGAAGUAGAAACCCACGAGUAUCAGCACAGAAGAGACUCCCCUUGGGAGCAGCACUGGUCUCACGCACAACCAGACAUGAAUGCACUCACAAACACAAAUACAACAGCAGCAUCAAUCCACAAGGAGGGACGUCGAGACUACUAUAUCCCAGCCAAAGCAAGGAGAACGCUAGGCAUCAUCAGCCCUCGGAUCCAGUUCCACCAUCACGACCAGAUCUCCACCACAGCUAACCCGUCGCCCACUCUGCCGACCCAGCACCAGCAAGGCUUGCGAUCGUCGAGAAUCGGGACUGGUACCGGAACCGGCAUUGACCACACCGUCUCGACCAAUUCGCAUGGCCGCGCAUACGCUGAGCUUGAUCUUGAUCUUGAGCUGGAGCUUGAGCUGAAGGAAAGGGUAGAGGCAAUUUACGCUCACGUCCCCAUCGUCGCGAGAAAGCUGGUCGAGGCUCUGCGAGGCAGUUGGGACGAAGAUGUAUGGCGGUCGUUGAGGGUGCUGGUGGAAAUUAUUGAAGGCUUUGGCAGAGGGAAUACGUCGCUUUAA